GACCAGAGCAAAAAGGAGAGCUUCACUGUGCACUGGAUGAAUACUGACUUUGUGAGAGAGCAGGACUGUAACAACUUGUUAAAAUGUGCAAAGGAUUAGCAGCCUUACCCCAGACAUGUCUAGAAAGGGCUAAGGAGAUCAAGAUUAAAUUGGGGACACUCCUUCAAAAACCUGAAAAUGCCAUUGACCUUAUUAUCCCUUACCCAGAAAAGCCCGAGAAGAAGCCAGAGAAGUUUCAGAAACCAUCGCCAGAAGAAGCACUGCAGUGGCGUGAAUCCCUGGAUAAACUGUUGCUUAACAACUAUGGGCUGGCCACUUUCAGGAGCUUCCUGAGGUCUGAGUUCAGUGAGGAGAACAUUGAGUUCUGGAUGGCCUGUGAGGACUACAAAAAGACCAAGUCCCCAGUGAAACUGGCCUCCAAGGCUAAAAAGAUCUAUGAGGAGUUUAUUCAGAAAGACGCUCCUAAAGAGGUGAACAUCGAUCAUUUCACCAAAGAUGUGACCAUCAGGAACCUUGUGGAGCCUUCACAGACCAGUUUUGAACUGGCCCAGAAGAGGAUCCAUGCCCUUAUGGAGAAGGACUCAUUUGGCAGGUUUUUGCGGUCAGAGCAAUACCAGGAACUGAUAUAGCAAUGUGGUUGGGCUGUGUAAAGCAUCUCAUCUUCCAAAUCUCAGUAAACUUUUCCUAACAUCUCUGACUUCAAACCAAUUCCAUUAUAAUGAAGUGUAAUAUUUUGGUUUCUAGGUUGCUUAUGUAACUGUUUAAAAGCCACUGUUUCCUAUCACUUGAUUUUUGUUCCAGGUUUGCUUUACAUACAAAUAGUUUUCUUAAUAUUAACUCACAAAAUGAAACAAUGUACACAACAAGCCUAAUCUUAAAACAGGAAUGACUAAACAGUGGCCUAGGUAGGCAAGAUGUAGCAUUUCAAUGGUCUGACAGCUGAAGGGUACAGCUAUGGCCAAAAGUUUUGCAUCACCUAAAAUUUUUGGAUUGAGACGUAAUUUAAAAAAAAAAAACUAUG